UAUUCGAUUAUAUCUGUAUUGAGGUUGAGCCAAAAGUUGAAGGAGAAGGAAUGACACCGGAAGUUGCCGAGUUCCUACGGCACAAGUUCUUGAAGUCCAUUCACGAUGCAGGGUCUGAAUUAUCAGAUUUCAUCUUCAUUCCUUACUUCGCAGCCAUCAAAUGUUUCGUGGAGGAGAUAAAGAUAAACCCAGCGAUAAAAACCCCACUCGGAGUUGAUCUUUGCCUCAAGGCUGUGUCUUUGCUUUACGAGCUUAACGACGCAUUGGCCGACUGCCGAGUCUUCGCAAAUGAGUGUAAGCAUAUCAACAAGAAGCUCUUGCACUUCAACCCUUUCAUGUAUUGUUUCAUCCGAAAGAUGAAGAAGCGCCUCCACGCCAUGAAAUGCAAGUUUGCUGCUUUGGUUGAAGAGGAAAAAUUUUAUUCCACUCUUGUACUUUGUGACCAGACGAGUAUAAUGGCUGACCGGAUGAUUCUAAUUGGUGAUCAGAACGAGGUUGUAUCUCCAGAGCCAAAAGUGAUCAGAUCCGAUGAGCAUGCAGAGGACAUUGAGGGCCUGCUCUUUGGCGGUGACGGAAAUGGAUUUACGGCAAUUGGGAUAGUUGGCAUUGCUGGUGUAGGUAAGACUACUCUGGUGCACCUGGUUUUGAAUAGGCAGAGAGUGAAGGAUGAGUUUUCUCCUAUAAUUUGGUUAUGUUUGUCGGAUAUAGUCAAAGAAAAAGAUGUGUUUACAUAUAGGGUCAGCAUUAGGAUUGUGACCUGUAUUCUUCUAAAGUUGGGGGAGAUGGGUAAUGGCAAUGGUGCCAUAGUCGAGGAGGAGGGAGAUAUCUCUAACCUUGGUUCUCUGACUUCUCUCUUGGAAAGGCUCAACGAACUGUUAUCGGGUAGAAGGUAUUUGAUUGUAUUGGAUGAUGUGUGGCACAUUAACAACUUCUAUUCGGAUUUAGGUAGUACCUUUCAGGAUCGGUUAUCGCAUGCAUUGCCUAGGGGUAGGGGUGGUGCUGUCAUUGUCACCACUAGGAUACCAGAAGUUGCUCAACACAUGGUUGGCACAAGGAAUAUGAUUCUUGUUAAGCCUUUGGACAGAGAAAGCUGCUGGCGUAUAUUUUUGGAGACUAUCAAGGAUAACAAAGAAGUUUUACACAUGUCAACUCAUGAAACUUUGGAAAAGAUUAAGAAUGAAAUUAAGGAUCAAUGUUACGGUCUACCACUGGCUGCUAAGGAACUCGCAGGAAUCAUUCCCAAACGGAUUCGUGACAUUGAGUCCAACCGCUUCUUGAAGGAGAUGUACAUACCUGAUGAAUUGCUUCAACCUGACUUGGAUGUUGAACCUGCUGUCCAUAUACCAAAAUUCCCAGUGCUAGUGUUCAUUGAUAUGAAAAGUAAACAGCCUGGAGAAAAAUUACUUGACAAAUUUCGCUACCAUCUUAAUAAAAAGCAGGUUUUUGCUGUUUUUGAAGAGAAUUCUGAUUACGGGCAAAAAAUAAAGGCAGAUAAUCCUGAGAGGGUGCUAAAGGAUGUUUACAGUACUUUAGAAAAGCUUAAGCGUAAAGGAUAUGCUUUUGCUGAUGGAAUUCAAAAGACGAUGACGAUUAUAAUUGUUGGUCAGGAUUCUGUGGCUAACUGGAUAUUGGGAGUUAUCUGUGAUCUAAAAUUGCCAGAGUUACCCUCCAUUGCUCCAAUACCGUUGGGAGAUAGUUCUCUGAUAAGUGGUAGCAUCUCAAAGUCAUUUGGAUGGAAGUGCAUUUCUCAUGAUAAUCCGACACUGAUAUUCUCCCUGGAAGAUGUACAACGUGCGGAGAAAAUGAAAACUGACAGCUGGCAUGUUCUCAUUAGGAUGAAAGCCACUCAAGAAAUACGAAUACCACAUUCUUUGCAUCUAUUUCGUCCUGUUCAUGAAGGGAAUAUGCAAAAUGCGGAUAAGCUCACACUCUUUGGAGGAUUUUGGAACUACUUCAGCCUGGAGUAUGUUGCUCGCCGAGGAUGUGGAAAUCACUGCUUUCAACCUACUCAAAGGACCUUAUCAUCAGUUGCAUGUAUAAAGGUUAUGAAACAACUUGAUCAGUGGGAUACACUUGAUAUUCCUAGCAGCAUCAAGUCAAUUCUUUGCCUUAACUUGCCUAGAACUGAAAUUAUUAAGAAAGAGCGGAAAGAGAGAGACCUGAUUCCGUCUGUCAUUGAUGAUAGACAUCUUGAAAUUAUUGGUUACAGGGAUGUUUUCUUUCCUCUAAGUGAAGGUUCAAUUCACCUUGACCAGGUGCGGGGACUUCGUUUCGAGUUUAUUGAUGGUGAAGAAGAGGUUGUGAAGAUGACCAUUGAUGGAGCACCAUGGGAAAAUAUCCCCAUUGAUGGUACUGGUAUCACUGUGAUAGAAAUCACUCAUCACUGUCAAGUCAACAUUCUCGCCAAUCCACGUUACGAUUGCCCACUGAAAAGUAUUCACGAUUCAUCACCACCUGAUUCUUCCGAAAAUGAUGAUGAGAACAAUGCUAAAGAUUACCAUGAUCGACAUAAGAAGUUUGGUGCAGCAAGCACUUUCAAACUUGCCUGUGCUGAUGAAGGACAGGCAAGCACUUCCAACGUCCUCUAAUCGUUAGCUGUCUUUGUUUAUAUUUUUGUUAUCCUACCCUGAUUCAAGUUAUUUUUCGCCAUUGACAAGGAAGAGAAAAUGAGUCCUUGUCAAUGGCAACUCAAGCCAAUCAUAUAAAAUUGAUUGUCCUUCU